CCAGGGGAUGUCUGAAACUUCUCCUUGCUCUCUUUUUCUAUAUAUAUUUUUGGGUGAUGUACAAGCAAAGGGCAUUUACUUGUACUCAUUAAUCUCCUUCUGCCCUAAAAUGGAAGUAUGAGAUGACGUAGUGCCUCUACAUGACCCCGUAAAAUCUCCUCAUCUUUGUUGAAUUGCCAACACAACCCAUAUUUAUUUCUGAGGACUCCUAUAAGGACAAGCUGCAUUCAUUUCUUGUCUUUACUAAAUUUUUCCAAGAAGAUAUGGCAUCUUUCCCAAGGCCAGUAAACCAACAGAGUCAAUUCAAGUAUGAUGUCUUCUUGAGUUUCAAAGGUGAGGAUACUCGCAAAAACUUUGUUGACCAUCUAAAAUAUCAUCUGUGGCGAAGAGGAAUCGUGGCCUUUAAAGAUGAUCAAGACCGAGAUCUACCGAGGGGAAAACGCAUUAAACCAGAAAUAUUGGGGGCAAUAGAGAAGUCAAAAUAUGUAUAUCUGAUUUUUUCUGAAAACUAUGCUUCUUCUACUUGGUGCUUGGAAGAAGUUGCUAAGGCUGUGGAGUGCAAGGAUGUCAGUGAAGGAUCGGUCAUACCGAUCUUCUAUAGGGUCAAUCCAUCUGACAUACGGAAACUGAGGGGAAACUUUGGGAGAGGCUUUGCUAACACUAAGGAAGCUUAUUCGGGCGACAAGAGAGACAUAAAGAGGUGGAAAGAUGCACUAAGAAAAGUAGCUAAUCUAUAUGCAUUUCUUCGUUGUAGAUAUGAGACCAAGUUUAUUGAGCAAAUCAUGGGAGAACUUGAAAAUAAACUAGGUCCUAGGUUGUCCUAUGUUGUAGGCGAUCUUGUGGGAAUGCAUUCCCAUGUUGCAAAGGUAGUAGAAUGUUUACGCUUGGGCAAGAGUGGUGCACGCAGUAUUGGCAUAUGGGGAAUGGGUGACAUGGGCAAAACAACUGUUGCACGAGCAGUUUUUGACAAAAUACAUGGCCAAUUUGAUGAUGGAUGUUGUUUUCUUGCUAAUGUUAGAGAAAUUUCAAAAAAGAUUGGUCUAGUAUAUCUACAAAACCAGUUUCUUAGUGAUAUUCUUCAAGAUGACAAUUUGAGAAUCAAGGAUGAUCACAGAGGAACAAACAUGAUAAAAGAACGGCUACAACAUAAAAAAGUUCUCAUUAUACUUGAUGACGUGGAUGAAAAGGAGCAAUUGGAAAAAUUAGUUAUUAGAUACGCCGAUGGCCUUCCUUUAGCCCUUGAUGUCUUAGGUUCUUUUUUGGCUUGCAAGAGCUUGAUGCAAUGGAAGAGUGCACUAGCGAGACUCAAAGAAUGUCCAGAAGGGAAAAUUUUUGACCGGCUUAGGUUAAGUUAUGAUGGACUACAUCAAAAAGAGAAGGAGAUUUUCCUAGAUAUUGCCUGUUUUUUCAAGGGAAAGGAGAAACCUUAUGUUACAGAAGUUUUGGACAAUUGUAGCUUGUAUGCAGAUGUUGGAAUCGAAGUCCUUGUCAAUAGAGCUCUUAUCCAAAUUGUGGGCAACAAACUGUGGAUGCAUGAUUUGCUACAAGAGAUGGCUUGGGAAAUUGUUCGUCGAGAGUCUCCUGAAGAGCCAGGAGAACGAAGUCGAGUCUGGCUUUUUGAGGAUGUCUGCCAUAUUCUAUCAAAAAACUCGGUGAGUAUCUGCAAAAUUAAUUUGCAAGCAUGCUUAUCUGAUAUAAGAACUAGAAAAGUUAAAGCCAUAGUCUUGCAAUUUGAGGACCAUAGAACAGUGCGCUUGAAUGGAGAGUCCUUCACAAACAUGACUAACUUAAGAUUGCUUGAUGUUUGUGCCAUCCACCUCUCUUCUGGGUUUAAGCAGCUUUCAAAUGAACUAUGCCUACUAAGACGGGACAAUUGCAAUCUUAGAUCAUUUCCACCAAGUUUUCUUCCAAAGAACCUUGUUGAACUCCAUAUGCAGGAUAGCCUCCUUUGCAGCCUUUGGAGAGGGGAAAAUAUGCAGGUCUUAGAGAAGUUAAAAGUUAUCAACCUCAAUGGUUCCAAAUUAUUCGUGGAGACUCCAAACUUCAUAUAUGUCCCAAAUCUAGAGAGGCUAAUUCUCAAAGGUUGCAAAGCAUUAUCUCGGAUUCAUCCUUCAAUUGGAAAUCUUGAAAGACUCAAUCUACUUGAUUUGGGUGACUAUGAAAACCUCACUGGACUUCCAAAUAGUGUUGGUAAUCUAAAAGCUCUUACAGUUCUUAAUCUGUGUGGAUGUUCAAAUCUUGAAGAGCUGCCUGAGAACAUCGGGGGCUUAGAGGGCUUAGAGGAGCUUGAUAUUAGUGAAAGUGCCAUAACAUGCCUCCCAUCUAACUUGACAUUCUUACAAAAUCUGAAAAAGUUACGCUUUCAUGUCAGUAAAAAGAGGCCACAAAAUUCUUGGAGGACACUGACGCGUACGCUAAGAAGAGCUCUCAACUCUAGACGUCCGCGGUUGCCUUCAUUUUCAGGGCUAUCCUCUCUGACAGAGUUGGAUUUGAGCGGUUGUAGUCUUCUAGAAGGAGAAAUUCCCCGUGAUAUUGAUUGCUUACCCUCUUUGAGGUCUUUAGACCUAGCCGAAAACUUUUUUACCACCAUAACUGCAAAUAUCGAACGUAUCUCUAGCCUGGAAUUUCUGAUAUUAAAUCAUUGCAAAAAUCUUGAAGUGUUACCAAGACUUCCAGAAAGCACAAUGGUUGUGGUGAUUGAGAAGUGCCUUAGAUUGGAAAGGAUAUCAAACCCAUUCAUUAUAUGCACAGUACCCGACUCGGGGUUUUGCUUCUUUAACUGCUUCAAUUACCUUCCACAAGAUCUUGAUUUAACUUUCCAGUAGAAGUGCUCCUUGUCAUUGCUUCGUUACAUCAUUUGCCGUUCUAGGAAAAUGGUUCCGGGAACUUAUGUGGUGUCUCCAUGUCUGCAAUAUGAAAUACCUGAGUGGUUUAGCUACCGGGGAGUUGGACCUUUGUUGAGCAUAGACAUGUCCCCUAAUUGGCAUGACAAUAGCCAGAGAGGAUUUGCCAUUUGCGCAUCUUUUAAACGAAUCAACUGCAGCUCUUGUCAGGACCUGGAAAAUGCCCACUUCAUUUUCUGUGGGUUCUAUGUUGAUGGAAAUCAGCUAGGUCCCUUAUUUAAGUUUCCCAUCAGAUUUGUCAAUUCAGGUUGCCUUUGGCUCGGUUAUGUGUCGGGUACUCAAUUUCCACGUGAUACAAAUUGGGAGACAAUGUCAAACCACAUUGUCAUUUCAUUUACGAUCACCAACCCUGGGUUAAAGGUCGAAAAGUGUGGUGUUCAUCUGGUUUACGAGCAGUGUACAAGAGACUUUGAUAAUCUUUUAGUCUGGUGGUGUAGCUCAUCGCCCAGGGAUUGGGAUAGAAUCUACCAUGAGCUUCAAACACCAUGGGAGGUAAAUUGUGCCUUCAGAUAUUCCAUUGAUCCAGACCUGUAUGAAGUGAAUGAAGGUGUAAUGAGCUGUGGGGUCUCUGAGGUUUGGUCCCACCCGUUAAAUGGAGGUCGUUUACUCACGGAGUAUCUAUAUGUCAUUUGGCAUCGUUCAAGACUUGGACAACUGUCAGUUCAUGAUUUCAAAAGAUGGUAAUCACUACUAGAUUUGAUCAAUUGGCAGGGCUUGGGUUUUAGACCUUUCGAAAUCCAAAUAGACUAUGAAAACUCAUGCUAAUCAUAACCUAAAAAUCUAGAAUAUCACCACCGGUACCAACAUCUCCAAAAUAAUUAGGAGAAAUAUUUUUGCUAGCUUUUGUGUUUCGCUUUCUCGCCAUAACAAAAUCUUUCUUACAGGUUCUUGAAGAAACGUCUGUGGUGGGCAUUAAUUGAUUUGAAGAAAGGUCACCCUAAUGAGCUUUUUUUGUAAACCUUAUGGAUUAUUAAAUCCUUGCACACCAUUAAUUUUUCUUUUAUUAGAUAAGGCCAUGAAUGUAUGCUUUUUUUUUUUUCAAGAGUAGGAGAAUUUAAAUAUGGCGAGUUCUUCCAUCUCUUUCUUUAGCUUUUGUAUUUACCCUUUUUUUCCUUUGCAUGCUCUUCAUGGGAGAUUGAUCUGUCUAUGGAAUCAUCUCUUUCCAGAUUUGCUCCAAGAUUAUUACAAGAGCAUACUGGAUGUCAUUGAGCAACCGUCAUCUUGAACUUGGCAGUUACCGUUUGUUUAUGUCCGCUCUUUUGAAAAUCGAUAUUAAUUCGAAGAUGAGUACCAUUGCUGAGAA